AUGGAAAAUGAUAUCAAUCAAUACAAAAACGAAAUAUCUUCUCUCAAUAACAAAAACAGUCAAUUAAAUCAAUCUAUCAAUGAAUUUGCAAAAAUUUCUGAAUUGCGAAAUUCAAAUGAUUUUGAUUCAGUUUACAAUUUCCUUAAAGAACUUUCAGAUAAAGAUGAUAAAUUGAAUAUGUCUAUUUCAUGUGCAGAUGGAUUAAGUGAAAAGAGAGAUUCUGAUCAAAAUACUCCACUUAUUAUGGCAUGUUUUAAUGGAAAUCUUCAAUUAACAAAAUCUCUUAUUGAAGGAGGUUGUGAUAGAAAUGCAGUUAAUAAAUUCGGAAACAAUUGUUUAAUUGAAGCAUCUGCAAAUGUACAUUUUGAAAUUGUAAAAUAUUUAAUUGGAGUUGGUUUUGAUAAAAAUUGGCGAAAUAAAGAUGGAUUUAAUGCAAUUCUUUGUGCAUCAUCAUACGGUCAUCUUGAAACAGUUAAAUAUUUGAUAAGUAUUGGUUGUGAUGUAAACUCUAAAUCAAAUGAUAAUGCAAAUUGUAUUUAUUUUGCAUCAAGUAAUGGUCAUCUUGAAACAGUUAAAUACCUUGUUUCAGCUGGAGGAAAUCCAAAUGAGAAUGAUAAAUACGGAUGGUCUCCGAUGGUUAUAGCAUCAAAAAAUGGCCAUCGUGAGAUCGUGAAAUAUUUGUUGCAAUGCAAUAUUAAAUGA